CAAAAGCCAGAGCAAAUCCGCUUCAGCCUCGCUCGGAUCCUUGGAGAGGGACUUUUGUUUUCUGAAGGGGAUAAGCACAGGCAACAGAGGCGUAUUAUGAACCCAGCUUUCGGGCCAGCUCAUAUACGCGCACUCACAGACAUCUUCAAUGCCAAGUCUGUGAAGCUACGAGACACGCUGAUGGACGAGAUUCGCAACAUUGCCAGCUCAAACGGGAUUGACGUCACUGUUUGGCUCAGCCGCAUGACGCUCGACGCUAUCGGGCUUGCUGGGUUCAACUACUCCUUUGACGCGCUGAACGUAAACGAGCGCCCGAACGAGCUUAGCGAGGCGUUUAACCACAUGGUCCAGACUGCGCAGGAUAUCAACUUGUUGACCGUACUUCAGGGUUUCAUACCGCCACUAAGGGUUAUUUCUACAGCACAGACUCGUGUCAUCAAGAAGUCCCAGCAGACGAUGACGCGCAUCGGCCGACACCUCUUGCGGGAUGCCAAGGCGGCAAUACGAGCCGAGUCAGAUACGAAGACGAUCGAAAAGAGCAAUGUCAAGGGGAAAGACCUGCUCUCACUCCUCGUGCGAGCGAAUACGGCGACGGAUAUCCCCGACUCGCAGCGCAUGGAUGACGAGGACGUGCUCGCGCAGGUGCCGACGUUCCUCGCUGCGGGGCACGAGACGACCAGCACCGCAACGACCUGGGCCCUGUACGCUCUCACGCAGAACAAAGCGGCCCAGACCAAGCUCCGGGACGAGCUGCUCACAAUGGACACCGAGAACCCGAGCAUGGACGCACUGAACGCACUGCCGUACCUCGACAUGGUCGUGCGCGAGACGCUACGCCUUCACGCGCCCGUGGCAAACUCGAUCCGCGUGGCGACCAAGGAUGACGUUAUCCCGCUCGAGACACCCGUUGUGGACCGGUACGGCGUGCAGCGGCAUGAAAUUCGGAUUCAGAAGGGCGAUUCGAUAUGGGUCCCGAUUCUUGCGGUGAAUCGGUCGAAGGAGAUCUGGGGAGAGGAUGCACAUGAGUUCAGACCAGAGCGCUGGGAAUCCACCCCUGAAGCUGCUCACCAAAUCCCGGGAGUUUGGGGCAACAUGCUCACUUUCAUCGGUGGACCACGCGCAUGCAUCGGAUAUCGAUUUUCCCUAGUAGAGAUGAAAUCACUACUGUUCGCGCUCGUGCGUGCCUUCGAAUUCGACCUCGCCGUUCCAGCGAGCGAGGUCAGCAAGCGAAACGUUGUCGUCACUCGACCGCUCAUCACAAGCGAUCCUGAAGAGGGGAGACAGUUUCGGCUACCACUUAUUAUUCGUCCCUUCGUGCGUGAUUGAGACUGUACUUGAUUAUACAGUAGACUAUUGCUAGUCACUAUGCUCAGGAUUUUGAAAGAUUGUGGGCGUCAGACAGUAGACUCCGAUACAACUCAAUGACCUCCCGGGCGGGCUGUAUAAUUACCGAAAAGCAGAGUGGUCCGGAACGAGUAUGGUCACGCAGCGACGUCCGAGAUCAAUGUUCAGUUCAAAUCAGAGGAUACAACUAUACUUUACAGUGGCAUGCUAGAUUUACAGGAAACAGAAAGUGUAAUUGCACCGAGUCCGGGGAAUGCCACGUUAAUAAU